CACACGGGAGCGCGCGUGCCUGACAGCCAGCUAGCAGCUAGCAGCCCCCGCCCCCGCUCGCCCCCGGUCAGCCCCCCGGUCAGCCCCCCGCCGCCGGACCGCGGUGGGUUAUGUUCCCCGGAGCCGAGCCUGGCGCACCAGCAGCUCAUGGCGGCAGAAGCUCCGCCGCAGCCGCAGCCGCAGCCGCAGGCUCGGAAGCCGUGUCUGCUGAGCCGCAUCGAGGCUUCCCAGGAGGUGGUGAGCUCCGCGGUCAUCAUCCCCAAAGAGGACGGAGUCAUCAGCCUGUCGGAGGACAGGACGGUCCGGGUGUGGCUGAAGAGGGACGGCGGUCAGUACUGGCCCAGCGUGUUCCACACCAUGACAGUGCCCUGCUCCUGUAUGUCCUUCAACCCGGAGACCAGGAGGCUGUCGGUGGGGACGGACGCGGGGACGAUCUGUGAAUUUAUCCUGUCAGAGGAUUACAACAAAAUGACUCCAGCGCUCACCUACCAAGCCCACCAGGGCCGGGUGACGGUGGUGCUGCUGGUGCUGGAGAUGGAGUGGCUCCUGAGCGCCGGCCAGGACCGGAGCUUCAGCUGGCACUGCUCGGAGAGCGGCCAGCCGCUGGGGACGCACCGCACCGCCGCCUGGGUGUCGGGGCUGCAGUUCGACGUGGAGACUCGGCACGCCUUCGUGGGCGACCAGUCGGGUCAGGUGACCAUCCUGAAGCUGGAGCAGGACAGCUGCAGCCUGGUGACCACCUUCAAAGGACACACAGGUCAUGUGACGGCGCUGUGCUGGGACCCGGGCCAGAGGGUUCUGUUCUCCGGCAGCUCGGACCGCUCCAUCAUCAUGUGGGACAUCGGGGGACGUAAAGGGACGGCCAUCGAGCUGCAGGGACACCAUGAGAAGGUCCAGGGUCUGUGCUACGCCUCCCACACCCGGCAGCUCAUCUCCUGCAGCGCCGACGGCAGCAUCGUGGUCUGGAACAUGGACGUGACGCGGCAGGAGACUCCGGAGUGGCUGGACAGCGACUCCUGCCAGAAGUGUGAGCAGCCUUUCUUCUGGAACUUCAAGCAGAUGUGGGACAGCAAGAAGAUCGGCCUGCGGCAGCACCACUGCAGGAAGUGCGGCCGGGCGGUGUGCGGCAAGUGCUCGUCCCGCCGCUCCACCAUCCCCCUCAUGGGCUUCGAGUUUGAGGUGCGCGUGUGUGACGGCUGCCACGAGUCCAUCAGCGACGAGGACCGGGCGCCGACCGCCACCUUCCACGACAGCAAGCACAGCGUGGUCUACAUGCACUACGAGCCCACGUCGGGGACCCUGCUCACCUCCGGCGCCGACAAGGUCAUCAAGCUCUGGGACAUGACUCCAGUGGUGUCCUGAAGCCUGCAGCCGGGACCACCGGGCUCUCCAGCAGCACCCGGACCACCUGAUCAUGAUUCACCGAGGACACCGCGGCCAGUGACGCCUCCAGCCGGCGGCGGCGGCGGUCCUGCGUCGGGAGGAGGACGUCUGGACUUCCUGUCUCAUUGUGAACUCGUCUGGGAACGCGGUCUGGGUUUGUGGCUGACUGGAACAGGCCCUGAACUCUGAUUGGCUGAGACUCUGACCGGCGCUUCCUGCAGGAGAGGACCCGGACCCAGCAGGUUCCAGGUCCUCGCCUGCAGCGGCCGUCUCUCCGGGACACCGGGACCAAAUGUUUCUCCAGAUGUCCUCGUGUCCCUCAAACCUUCCGUCCUGCGUUCGUUCCUUGUCUCUGAAGUUCCACCCGUCCUGCGCUGAUCAGAUGGACUGCAGCUGUCCAACUGUCCAACUGUCCAACCCGUCCAGCGGCCAGGAGACGGGGCCCAGCCGUCCUGAACCCCGUCAGUCCUGCAGGGACAGCUUCAGCCUCAAGGUGGCGUUAAACACACGUCCGGAGAGCGAGCCCCAGCGGAGCAGCCGGAGCGUCUCUGGCGGAUAUCCGUCCAGCAGUUGUUUCCACAGCAGCCUCACUCUGGACGGAUGAGAAGCGGCUGCUUCCUGCUGGAGACGGUCUUCUCUCCUGUAGACCCGGGCCUCCUCGCCUCGUCCUCCGUUCUUCCUCCACAAAGACAGACUUCAUCGUUUCAGCCUGUCUCCUGUCCAGCCGUCCCUCUGCAGACGGUUUGUCUUCAGUGUCCAGAGCUGGACGUGGUUUCGGUCUUGGCCCGCAGGCCUCAUGAGCUGGUUAUCAGUUCUGAUGACCCCCUUGCCGCGGGGUCAGGGUCUUUAGGGUCUCUGCUCAGACCAGGCGGGUCUCUGCAGGUCUUCCUUUCAGCCGACUCCCGUCCUGAGAGGACGUCCUGCUGUGAGGACGUCCUGCUGUGAGGACAAGCGUCUGCUGAGCUGAGGUGACGGGGUGAAUCCAGGGUGACAACCGGCUCUUCAUGGCUUCAUUAGACUGCUGCCUUUGUUCUGUCCGUCCAGCCCCUGUCCCAUCCAGCCCCUGUCCCAUCCAGUCCCUGUCCCAUCCCGUCCCCGUCCCCGUCCCCUGGACUGUAUUCCUGACAGUCAGCAGCUCUCAGUGUUUUUUGAACUCCAGCUCUCAUGCAGCUCCUCAGCUGUCCCUCCUGUUUGUCCACUGCAUGCUGACCGGGUCCUCAGCUGUCCCUCCUGUUUGUCCACUGCAUGCUGACCGGGUCCUCAGCUGUCUGUCCACUGCUUGCAGACUGUCCCAUCCUCACUGUCCCUCAGAGACAGAGAUGUCUCGUUAGCUGCUGUGAAGCAGAAGCCUGCUGAUCGGGACGGACGGACCGGGUCUCACACGUCCACACGCUGCUGUCUCUUCCAGACGUUUGGUUGUGAGGACGGCUGUCCGUCUCCGGCUGUCGCGGUACGUCAGCCUGAAUCUAAUCAUGUAACCAUCACUAAUUUAUUGUGACAGGCUGAAAGACGCGGUUCCUCCAGAACCCGCUUCUUCAGACGUCUGUUUGUUUUGUGUAAAUGAUAAAUAAAGACGAGCGAAGUCUC